CGUUACGAUCGGAUGUUGUGUCGUCUCUCAGUGAAAAGUUACUUAGUUCGCCAGUCGCAGCUCACAGAACGCAACCAUCGCAGCAGAAGAGACCCACGUGGCACGUGCAGCAUUGCAUCAUUGCGGUGAGACGGCUAAACAACGAGACCACAGAUUGUUGUAUGUUGAUAGUGAUUCGUGAAGUGACAUUAAGCGUGCAGUGAUCGAUUGAUAAAACAAUCAUACAUCGAUAAGUUAUUUUCGUCGACAACAAAACCGUGUGCGACGUCGACAAAAAUUAAGUUUGAAAUAUGUCGAGGUACAUCGAAAUUCCCUUAAGGGAUACAAAUGAGGUCAUUGAACUAGAUUUGAAUAAUUUACCAGAAGGAGAUGAAACACUUUGCAUUCUACAACAAGAAAAUGCACAACUUAAUCUGUGGAUCACUUUGGCUUUGGAGUACUAUAGAUACAGAAAAUAUGAUGACUUUGUUAAAAUUCUAGAAACAGCUAGAACCAGUGCUAAUCAUGAAUAUGCUGAUAUUGAAAAAGACCAAAUGCAAGCUUAUGACAUGCUUGCUGCUUUUUAUGUGCAGGAAGGAAAAAAGAAAAAGGAUAAAGAAAAAAAGAAAGAAAGUUAUCAAAAAGCAGCCUUGCUUUACACUACAGCAGAUAAGAUAAUUAUGUAUGACCAAAAUCAUUUGCUUGGAAGAGCUUAUUUUUGCCUAGUGGAAGGAGGCAAAAUGGAUCAGGCAGACGCUCAAUUUAAUUUUGUCCUUAAUCAAUCACCAAAUAAUAUUCCAUCUCUCCUUGGAAAAGCAUGCAUUGCUUUUAAUAAAAAGGAUUAUAAAGGAGCCUUAACAUUUUACAAAAAAGUUCUUCGAACCAAUCCAAAUUGCCCUGCAGCUGUUAGAAUUGGUAUGGGUCAUUGUUUUAUGAAACUGAACAAUCUAGAAAAAGCGCGUGCAGCAUACCAAAGAGCAAGAGAUUUAGAUCCCAGAUCUGUGGAAGCAUUAGUUGGUCUUGCCAUUCUUGACUUGAACGAUCAAAAUCCAGGAAAUGAUGAAAACAUUAAAAAGGGAGUAACAAAAUUAUCAGAAGCCUACAGAUUUGAUUCUACAAAUCCAAUGGUUUUAAAUCACUUGGCAAAUCAUUUUUUCUUCAAAAAGGAUUUUGAUAAAGUCCAGCAAUUAGCACUUCAUGCAUAUCAUAAUACUGAAUCUGAUCCGAUGCGCGCAGAGAGUUGUUAUCAAUUAGCUAGAUCAUUUCAUGCUCAGGGUGAUUAUGAUCAAGCAUUCCAAUACUACUAUCAAUCAACACAGAAUGCUUUACCCUCUUUUGUGCUUCCUCAUUAUGGAUUGGGACAAAUGUAUAUAUAUCGAGGAGACAAUGAAAAUGCAACGCUAUGUUUUGAAAAAGUACUCAAAGCCAAUGCUGACAAUUAUGAAACUAUGAAAAUAUUAGGCUCGUUGUAUGCUAACUCAUCGGAUCAAACAAAACGUGAUACAGCCAAAACUUAUUUACAAAAAGUGACCAAGCAUUACCCAGAUGACGUAGAAGCAUGGAUUGAAUUAGCUCAAAUUUUAGAGCAAACUGAUUUGAAAAGUUCUUUAAGUGCUUACGAAACUGUUAUAAAAAUUUUAAAAGAGAAUGUAAAUGAAAAAGACAUUCCUCCAGAAAUAAUGAAUAAUGUUGGUGCAUUACUCUAUAGAUUGCAGCGACUUGAUGAAUCCCGUAAACAUUUUGAAGAAGCUCUCACUCAGUUGAAAGAUUAUACUCAGCAAGAUGAGAGCUAUUAUAAAUCGAUUGCCAUUACAACAACAUAUAAUUUGGCUCGAGUUUAUGAAGCUCAAUACAUCUAUGACAAGGCUGAAAAAUUAUACAAAGAUGUUUUGAAAGAACAUCCAAAUUACAUUGAUUGUUACCUAAGAUUAGGAUGUAUGGCUCGAAAUAAGGGACAAAUUUAUGAAGCUUCAGAUUGGUUCAAAGAAGCUCUGAGAGUUGACAAUGAACAUCCAGAUGCUUGGUCAUUGCUUGGAAAUCUUCACUUGGCAAAGCAGGAAUGGGGCCCUGCUCAGAAGAAAUUCGAAAGAAUCCUAAAAAAUCCUAACACAACAAAUGACACCUACUCAUUGAUUGCUCUUGGCAAUAUUUGGCUUCAAACUUUACAUCAAGGCGGUAAAGAGAAAGAGACACAAAAACGUCAUCAAGAUCGAGCCCUGGAAUUAUUUAAAAAAGUCUUGAAACUCGACGAAACUAAUAUAUGGGCGGCAAAUGGCAUUGGCUGCGUUUUGGCUCAUAAAGGAUACAUAAAUGAAUCAAGAGAUAUAUUCGCUCAGGUCCGCGAAGCGACUGCAGAUUUUCCAGAUGUAUGGUUGAAUAUUGCUCAUAUUUAUGUUGAGCAAAAGCAGUACGUCAGUGCAGUACAAAUGUACGAAAACUGUUUGCGAAAGUUCUACAAAUUUCAUCAUGUAGAAAUUCUAGUUUAUUUAGCAAGAGCUCAUUUAAAGGCUGGAAAACUUCGAGAAGCUAAAAUGACUUUGCUGAAGGCUCGACGCAUCGCUCCUCAAGAUAUGUUGCUCUUGUAUAACAUUGCAUAUGUUUUACAAUUGUUAGCAACACAAAUCUUAAAAGAUCCAAAAACUAAGUUGGAAACUGUACAGCAAGCAGUGCGGGAACUUGAAUUAUCGCAUAGAUAUUUCAAAUAUCUACAUGAGACCGGUGAGCGCGUUAAACAUAUAGCUGAAAUCGAGGCAAGAAAAUGUCAAGAUUUAUUGUCUCAAGCUCAAUAUCACGUUAAGAGAGCUAUUAAACAAUAUGAAGAAGAUGAGUUGCUCCGUAAGAAGCAACAAGAGGAGAGAUUGGCAUUGAAACUACGCCAAACGGAAGAACAAAAGAAAUUGGAAGAGAUUCGUCGUCAGAAAGAGGAAGAACUACUUCAAAAGAGACAACAAUUUGUUGAGAAAACGAAGAAUGUUCUUAGCGAUCUGAGUGAAAUGCCCAAAGAGAAAGAAAAGCAGAACAAAAGGAAAAAGGGACAGUCCGAGGAGCAAAUCAGUGGAAGCGAUUCUGAUAACGAGGGCGACAAAGAAGAACGACGAAAGGCCAAAAAAUCAAAGAAACAAGUCGAUAAGGAAAGAAAAUCUCGCGGAAGAACGAAAAAGAGCAAGGACAACGAUUCAGACGAUGAUAAGCCGAAGCGCAAGCGUGGAACAAAGGGUUCAAACAAAAAGAAAGAGACUUCCAAGAAAGCAUCCCGUCAAGAACUCUCAGUGCCAAAAUCUCGAAUUAUUUCGAAGGAAACAAUCUCAACGUCCGAGUCGGAGAGCGACCACGAGCGAUCGCAGCUUAGGAGCGAUAACUCCGGUGACGAUAGCAACACCGAUAAAGGUCGCAACAAACGUCGUCGCAUUGACUCGGACGAUGAAGGUUCAAAAUCCAGGUCCGUGUCACGAUCUCGUUCGAGGUCCGGUUCACGUUCAGGCUCAGGUUCUCGUUCAAGAGCGGGCUCUCGAAGGUCCAAGUCAGGAUCGAGAUCGGUCUCAAGGUCAAGGUCAAGAUCGGUUUCACGAUCAAAAUCAAGAUCGGUCUCAAGAUCAAGGUCGAGAUCGGUUUCACGAUCAAAAUCAAGAUCGGUCUCAAGAUCGAGAUCGAGGUCCCAAUCUGGAUCAAGAUCGAGAUCAGUCUCUAGGUCAAAGUCCCGUUCGGGAUCGAGAUCAGUCUCAAGAUCGAGAUCCCGUUCUGUAUCAAGAUCACGCUCAAAAUCUCGCUCAAUAUCAGGCCCCCCAAGAAGUCCUACCGACGGCACGCCUCCAUCGAAAUCAGUAUGCUCUCCUCGUUCCCGCUCCAACAGUGGUUCUCGACGCAGCCGAUCAGGAUCCAAGUAAAGCUGUUCAAUAUAUCUCUGUGUUACCCCCGUUCAUUACUAAAGGACUUCGAGGAAAAAAUCAUGUCUACAUUCAGAUCAGAUUCAAGAAGUUCUUAGCCUUAUUUGUAGUCUAGUAAAAGAAACUUCAGUUAACCGUUUACUUUAUAUCGUCAUAACUAAUAAUCAUAUGCAAAAACUAUAUUUGAUGUAUAGUUGUACGACAAUACCAUGUUACUAUUAAUUACCAAAGCUUUAGUUAAACAGAUGUAACUAUAUUAAGACUGUUACUAGUAACUGUUCCGAUGUGAGUGAUUGUACUUGAACCACAUGUUUGUAAAUAAAUAAAUGUUAUUUUUUAAAUAAAAAAAUAUUCAAAUAAAAAA